AGAUUAGGUGCAGGUCCUUGCUGGGAGUCAUUUUGUCAAAACUUAUAUACGCAACGUGUUUUCCUAUUGCUUCUUCUAAAAUGAUAUGAUGGAGUGAACCAAUUACUAACUGAAAUUUGAAAGUUAGGAUAAAUGCUUCAACCAAUUUGCUUAAGGUUAAUUUUGUUUGAUUUAUCCAUUCAGUUUCUUUCCUGAUUUGUCCUAGUAUGAUGUUAAGCCAAUCAUGCUUUAAUGGCUGCGAUUUUCAAGCUCACUUCUCCAUCUAUGUACUUCUGCAAUUGUGUUCUUUAAGUAAAAUUUUCUGAUAACUUAAUCAUGAUUUGAAAUUGGCAGGCAAUUCAUUUAUCAAGAAAAAUACUACUUUCCCACUUCUGAGUUCUGAAGAUCGAAGAUCGAAGAUCGAAAUGGAGGAACGGAGCACUACCUUCUAUGCUGCAUCUCGCUUCAAAACUUCUUCGCAGAAAUUCCUCCAAACCCUCAGAAAUCUACCAGCUGCCGCUGAUUACCUUGCCUUUCCAUAACUCUUU